GAUGUGUUUUUGUCCCUGGCCUGGAACAUGCUUCUGUGCCACUACGCUUGCAAGCAGCGCCCCGAGGCCGAGGGGGACAGGGGCGGCGCCGUGGGCCGAGCCCACGCGGGCAGCAAGCCCAAAGCCGAGCUCAAGCUCAGCCGCAGCUUGUCCAAGUCGGACUCCGAUCUGCUGACCUGCUCCCCCACGGAGGACGAUGCCAUGGGCAGCCGGAGCGAAUCGCUCUCCAACUGCAGCACCGGGAAAAAGAGGCUGGAGAAGUCGCCGUCCUUUGCUUCCGAGUGGGAUGAGAUCGAGAAGAUCAUGAGCUCCAUCGGCGAAGGCAUCGACUUUUCCCAGGAGCAGCAGCGGAUCUCAGCCCCCCAGCCUCCUUUUCCCUUGAUGCAAGUGCUUUUAAAACCGGGAAACCUGAACUCGGUGUCGCUGCAGAUUUCCCCACAAAAGCAGAACCGUAUUUGCCAGCGUACGAAAGGCAAGAAAACGCCUCCCCCUCCGGAGCCGCUCCCGGCGCUGGAGCAGGGGAAGGAAGGGCAAACGGGGAGCGAGCGGGACCGAAUGCUCCGGGGGGCAGACGCAGCUUUCCUGCCCGUCACCGCAGCGCUGGCGUUGGCUUCACCGGCGCGCGCCGCGCGCUCGGAUGCCGCCUUCCCGGAGAGGCGUAAAGGGCCGGUGCCCGUGGGCUGCUACUCGGUGUCGCUCGCACCGCUGCUCCUCGUGACCCGCUAA